AUGCGCUCCUUAGCGGGACUGGCUGCCAUUGUGGCCGCAGCAACUGUUUACCUCUACCUGCUGUCGACUCAUCUUCCCCGGGGACCCGAGCACUUCCAGCCGGGCUCCGAGGAGGAGGACGAGGGAGCCCAUGAGUACAGGUAAGGGCGCUGAGAUAAAGCAAUUCACCUUCUAAAAAUAGAAAAUAGAGUACAAACUUUACCUGAUGUCUUGGUGUGCAGAUAUGAUUUUUUUUCUGUCAAUCAGGUGGUUAAAUCAAGUAAGUUUUGAAGAUACCAAAUUAAGACCACCCCAGAGAAAAAAGUCUAAAUCUACUUCAUUAUUGAUGCCAAAGAUUUCAGAUAUGAGCUAAAGUAAGUUUGAAUACAACUGAGUAUAGUUUUCUCAAUAGCCUUGGAAGUACUUGAUCACCAAUCCUUUAUAUCCUUUUCGUUUUAACUACUUUUCUUGUUGCUUAUAUUUAACCCCUGUAGAUCUUAUUUUAGUAUAGGUGAAAAAUGUAUUUUCUUUCUCAAAAUUAAAAUGAAAAGUCACCCAAAACUUAUGCUGUAUCUGUUAGGACCCAAGGAAAAAAUGUGUUGAUGCAAAUGUUUAUUUAAUGUGUUAUUUUCACAACUUUACAACUUUAUUUUUGGUACAUUCAGGCUGUUCAACACACCUUUUCAUGCUCAGCCACGGAGGUACAAUUUGGCUUUUAUUUGAUCAAGAUCACUUUUACACUUCAGUAUGGUUACUCUGAUGUUAGUAAAGUAAGACAUCUCCUAACACUAUUUGCAAUGACGCAUUAGUUUGUGGUACAUCGGUUAUGUAGUAAGGUUAACAUCAAGUGACUAAACUUAAUUACUCACUGCCAUGUUUGAUAAACCAGCCUCCAGUCUGCGUCCCCCAAAGUAAGUAUGAAUGAAUAAAUGAAUUAUUAUUGUUUUCUGUUUUGCUCCCCUUGAUUUUUAAUUUCUAACAUUUUUUAAAAACCUCACAAACUGGUAAAAAAAAAGGAAAAACUGUGUUGUUGUGAUGGCUCGUACUGUAGCUGUUCAAUGUUUCACGUAGCACAUUAUUCAUAUUAGUAUAAUAUUUGUAGUUUUAAUUUUUGUACACAGUGAGUUAAGACAACUAGGGUCAAAAUUCUUGACAAUACACAUGCCUGGUCAGUUAAUCCGAGUCUUAUCUAACGUGUUGUUUCUGUUGAGGCUCCCUUCUCACCCCAGAUUAGCAGAUUGCGCGGUAAUAAACAUGUUACCCAUCAACAGUCUUUUUUUCCCUAUGCAUGCUGAGAUAGGAUCACUUUGGAGUCAAUUUAUGAUAGACAAAGGUUUUAAAGAAGACAGCUCCAGUAAGAUCAGCCUUACUGGAUAUCACUUCAUAUCUAAGUGUCUGAGUGUUUUGUGUGUUUCUGUGUGAGUUGUGCAAGUGGUAUGUUGCCGUGUGCCAGACAGUCCAGUGUGAGGCUGUCUGGGGAUGAUAGAAUAACGCCGACCAAGACACUCUUUGGCCAAGAGCAGGUCCAGUCUAUGCAUGUGUGUGUGUUUACACCCACUAAACUGAUAUUGCUUAUAUUAUAGUGUUACUUAUCAACUCCCUUAAAACAUGGCGUGUGUUCACCAAGUGAACAUUUUCUUAUGUAGUGUGUCUUUUUGCAACGGUGAAGUCACAUUUUUGUAUUACUGAGGAUGGUUUAAUGGUUAACAUAUCGGGAUAAAAAUACUGAACUUGUUACAAUAAUCAGAGAAAAAGAAGAAAAUGAGAUUACUAAUGCAUUCAUGACCCUUCAGAGCAAGAUGAGAUCCUUUGCUUCCUUCUGUUGAGGUUUUGCUCAGUCCAUCUGGGUUUCAGUUUUAUGAUCCCAUCCUGGCUGUAGUACUGUAACAGAUUAUCCCUUGAAGUCAUGCUAAAGAAAUGUUUAAUCAUGUUUGAUGUCAUUGAUUUCCUCCAAGAUGCACUAAAUCAAGCAAUCUGAGAUUACUUUUUACAGAUUACUUUUAGUACCAGAUGAUCAGUCUCUUUUCAGAAAACUAACCUGGAAUUAUCUGAUCAGUUAUUUCUUUCUUUUUUUUUUGCAAUAUUCCAGCCCCUAAGUGUGCUGUUUUUCUUGGUUUUCCAUGUUUUGAACUGCUGGUUUGACAUCACAAACAUUGAAGAUGACAAACUGAAACUGGUUAUCUGUCACGAUUUUCCAGCUGUCAUUAACCAUUUUUAGAAAGACUCCAAUUCAUGAUGAAAAAAGAAAUGAUUGCAGCCUUAGUUGCUUAAAGAUCUCUCUCAACAGUAAACCUGAUACAGCAGCUUCAUAUUAGUUUGUAGUUUUGAUGCGGUGACUUCAUGGUUAAAAUCCCCUUUCCAUGGGGACUUCUUUCCCUGUGUAUUUAUACCAGAGUAUGUGUGCAUGUAUGCACAUUUGCAGGGCGUUUCUCUUAGGGUUAUGUGCAAGCAAAAUUAAAAAGUGCCCACGAUGACACAUUUCCCUCCUUAAAUACUGUACAUACGUUCAUGCAGUUUCAUGUAUCUGAGAACUCACGCAUCAACAUACAGCUGACCAGUGAGUCAACAGCAUGCUUAUCCACUAACCAAUAGAAAGAGAGAAUGGUGGGAGACGAAGCAGGUGGUUGAGGAAGUCAGCAUCUUGAGUUUCAAGAAGGGGGUUCCGUGUGUGUGUGUGUGUGUGUGUUUAAGAGGAGCACUCCUACCCUCUGCCCAAGUCUGCAGGCAGUGAUGCUAUUUCUGUCCCUCAAUCAAAUGUAUCACAUUACUGUUCCCCUUGCAAACAGAAGCAUGCGCGCACACACACACAUGCACACACAUAUUUUAUUGUCUCUUUUUUAAAUUUUUGUACAUUUUAUUUCUAAAUUUGGUUACAUAAAUAAAAUCGAUGUUUGUUUCACACAAAGUAAAAAUACAGACUUUUCUCUUAGAUUGUUUUCUGUUUCAUCAAAGAAAUAAAUCCUUUUGGCUUUUGGUUUAACAAUCCUAUAAAAGUUCAAAAGUUCAAGCAAUUAAUUUGACAGGAGUUUGCCUUUCCAAUUGAAGAUUUUCCCAUAACUCUGAGCAGUCCAUACAUUGACUUUCAAUCUGAAGAUUUCUUAUUUGAUUAAUCAACAUCAACUGUCAUUUGGCCUGCUCAUCUCUUGUCAUCUUCUGUGAGCAGUCCCUCUGUGGUAGAUCUUCCUCUCAUCACUUCCUCUGAGACAUACACCAGACAGCAGCAACAUUAUAACUACUGACAGGUGAAGAGUAUAUCAUGGAUUAUCACUUUACAAAGGCACCUGGCAACAAAUGGGAUAUGUUCAGCAGCAUAUAAUCAUUUGGUUUCUGUGGCUGAUGUGUUGGAAACAGAUAGGGACUUAGUUUAAGGAUGUGACUGACUUAGACAAAGGUCAGAUUGUGAUGUCCAGAUGUCUGGGUCAGAGAAUUUUUUAUCCUCAAUCGCAGAGGUCAGUACCGACCAAAAGUGUUCACAGGAAGGAAAAACCAGGGAACUGAUGACAGGGUCAUGGGCAGCCAAUGCUCGCUGAUAGGGGUGUGUCGAUACAACUUUUUGACUUCCAACACGAUACCAAUAUUGUAACCUUAAAUAUUGACUGAUACAUGCUGGAUCCGGGCGCUGCUAGAUGGAGGUGCCAGAGAGAAGUCUGGAAUAUACCGCUUGUACCUUAAUGCUGAUAUUGGAGAUUUUAGAUGCGGGCCAAUAUAAUCUGAUAUUCGUUUUUUUGCUGAUAUCAAACCGAUAUCCAAUAUCAAUAUUGUAUCGGGACAGCCCUACUUACUGAUGCAUGUGGGGAACAGAGAAUGGCCUGUGUGUUCAGAUACAACAGAAGAACUAACCUUUGAAUUGGUUCCAAUAGAAAAGGGUCAGAACACAUGGUCUAUCACAAUUUGUUAUGUAUGGGGCUGUGGAGCUGCAUGCUAGUCAGGGUGUUCAUGCUGCUGACCCCUGUCCACUGCUGAAAGUACCUACAAUGAGCAUCAAGGUUUGAUAAAAGAGCAACGGCAGAAAGUGGCAGAGCAUCACAACUCAGCCUCCAUAUUCCUCAGAUCUUAAUCCAAUCAAGCAUCUGUAGGAUGUGCUGGACAACCAAGCCUGAUAGGUGGAGUUUGUCCUUUCAACUUCCAGACUUUAAAGGAUCUGCAUUCUGUAUAGUGGCAUUAUUGUAUGGGGGUCUGCUCUAAAGUGCUCUAAAGUGUAUAGUUUCUCUAUUAUUUAGGGGCCAGUGUCUCUGUGCUUUUGCCCCAUGGCCCUAAUAAGGAUUGUGAUUGAGAGUCAGCGUAUUAUCCUUGAUUAAAUAGCUUUCAAAGUGAUUCACUGACACAGUGAUGUCAGAGCAGUGCCUGAUUAGUCAAUUGGUUUCAGCUGUGGGCCUGGCCUGAGGCUCACAGUUUGCCACAGCAACUUUAGCUGGUCGCCAUGACCAUAGACGCACUGAGGUCAAAACUUCCAGAGAAAGAGCGAUUUUCGGUGAGACCUCGGCUGUGGUCUCACAUUUGUGCCUAGUCUGACAAAACAGUAGCUCCUAUCAGGAGAAAAAAAAGACUGUGGUCAUCGUAAGGACUUCCUGAACGCUUUGAUGUGAUUGUAGUGUUUCUACAGUGAAUAAUUUGGACAUAUUUUGAAGUAAUAAACAGGAUUCCCUUAUGCUUCUCUCAGAGAAUCUUAGUGUCAGUGAGGCGCAGAGAGAGACAUUGCCUCACUUUGAGGCUCAGUGUUUAAAUGCUGUAAGUCUCUGCCUUGAUAAACACAGCACUAGAGACAAAACAAGUGUGUCUACAACUGUGGGAAAAAACGUGUGUGUAGAGUGUAAUUUGCUGCCAGGAAGAGCCUGAAAAGAGAAAAGUUUGAGACAAUAUAAUGCAACUUCUCUCACUCCAGCAGAUUAUGUCACCCUCUCUGGCACAAAAAUUCCACGCAAAACACACCCAUUAUAAUCUCUAAAUUUCUCCAAAAAUGAUUGUGGUCAUUGAACAGUGAAUGAUCAAAAACUACAAUACCUAUUGAAACAUGGAUUAACAUACCAAUAGACCAGACCCAUGUCUGCAUUUAAUAGUUUAAAUGGAGUCUCUAGGUGAAAUUAUGCCAAGUUGGUAGAUGUUUGAAAAAUUCCAAGAAUUGCUCUUUUUUUUUUACUUGUACCAUUGAUGUCAAUACAAAAUUUUUUGAGGUUUCACAUACAAAUCCCAAUCAAACUGCACGUUUUAAUAUAUAUAAUUUGUCCUACAACUCUACAAGCUGUAGAACUAGUAGUGAAUCAAAAUUUGUCCGGAAGAGGAAUAAGAUCCACAGACACUGACACAAUCCACAGACACUGGCCCCUACACUUUUGUAUAGGGGCCAGUGCCCAGGUGCGUUUUCCCCAUGGCCCUAAUUAAUCAAUUUAUGUGCACUGAUGCAAAAGUCAAGUGUAAAGUUUCAGUACAAAGAGAUACCAGACAAUACAGACCGGUGCUUAAGAUAUUGAUUGUACUGAAAAAUCCUUUUGUUCUUUGUCUGUCCAUCCAGGCUAAAAUUCCCGUCAGAUCUGGAUGAGCUGCGGGAGCUUGCUGAAAUGCUUAAGUUUUACAAAAGAGAACACCACGGCUACGUCCUGCUGCUGUUCUGCAGUGCCUACCUCUACAAGCAGUCCUUUGCCAUACCCGGAUCCUCCUUUCUGGUAAGUCAUACCAAUCAAUCAAUCAAUAAUCUGAAGCACUCAAGUUUUUUUCCAGAUUUGAAGUCUCCUGAUCAUUUAGAGGUUUGUAGCUGAACAAAAUGACUUCAGUCUUUAUUCUAUAUUUUAGUGGAAGCCUUUGAAUCACAGCCCUUUGACUAGUUCUUGUCAACACACACACCCCUGCAUUUUGGACCAGUUGAAGAAACCUAAAGGACUUUAUAGAGCAGCCUGAUAAUAGAGAGUUGCAAUAACCCAUCCUGGUGAUGAGAAAUUCAUGGAUUGCUUUUUUGUGUCAUUGUGAGGCAGGGGGUGCUUGAUUUUUAUCAUGUUGCUCAAGGCUGCUCUUGAAAUAUGUUUUAUGUAGUCAGUGCUGAUCAAAGAGAUUCUUCAAAUGCCUCACAGUGGUGCUGGAUGCCAGGAUCAUGCCAUGCAGUGAAGCUUUAUUAGAUAUCUCUCAUGGGUGUUUGUAGGGUCAAGCACAGUAACUUUGGGAGUUUCUUAAUUUAAGUCACAGAAAACUGCUGGUCAUCCAUCUUCCUUAAGGCAUGCUGAGUUAAGUGUUUUAUCAUGCCUUAUCAGGCUUCACACAUUAAUACAAUUAAAUUUUGACUUCAUUACAAUAAGGGCUGCUCGAUUUUUUUAUUCAGUGACAACUUCACCAAACUUCACUUUAAUAGUAAGUUUUUCUAUCAUCUCUCAAAACAAACCUACUGAAAAUGAUGUAGUGCAUAUGCCAAACCAGUAAGUGGCGCUGUAAUGCUGCCAAGGAAAUGAAUAAAAGACAGAAGAAGAGUUGCUUUGGCCGGACAUGUGCAGGUGCCAUAAAAUUCCACAAAUUCCACACGACUGACUUGCUCUUGCCCUAUUUAGCCACAAAAUUAUUGCCUAUUUUUGCAAACACCAUGUUUGUUAACACUGGUGUGUGUGGGAAGUAGGGAGCCUACAGUGCCCUGGAGGCACGAGACAUGAUAGAGAGGAAAACUGAUUUGAUUAUUUUAAGUUUUUUAACAUCGUCAUAAUCAAAUAAUCCGAUCACGAUUUGAAAUCGAUUUAUCAAGCAGCCCUAAUUAGCAUAAUAUAGACCGUUUCCUUUGUAGAUUACCUUAAAGUUAAUUUUGCAGCUGGACAAUCAAAGGAGGAAAAGUUUUUCAAGGCAAGAUCAAUUUGUGUAUGCUGAUGGUGUGAGAUUCAUUCUAUCACUGUAUACCUCUAGUAAUAAUGAUGAUGAUGAUGAUAAUAUAUUUUAAGUGUCAUGUUUGAAGGAAGUGUACAGACAUAAAUUGAAUACUAAGUUGUGAGCUUUAUAAUUCAUUACUAUGUGAUCAACUUUGGUUUAAAGCAGCUUAAAUACCAAUCCUGUACAUCCCUCAAAUAUACCAGAGGAGGAAACAGACUCUGUGCUCAAGAAAACUGUUCUGUUUGGCCUGAAUAAGUCAUUUUAAAAUGUAGCUGUCAGGUCAUGUUUUUUAAGUAUUUCUGUAUUUGAUGGUCUUCUCCUUCAGAACAUGUUGGCUGGUGCAAUAUUUGGACCUUGGGAGGGUCUGAUGUUGGCUUGCCUGCUUACCACUUCAGGCUCCACAUUCUGCUUCCUGCUCUCCUCAGCUUUUGGAAAGCAGCACGUGGUGCAAGUCUUUCCUGAAAAGGUGGCCCUGCUGCAGCGAAAGGUACUGUCAGCAUCAGUCUUCACACACUAAGAAUGUGUGCCUAUCGUAACAACAGGGUCCGUUAUGUCAUACAUACUUCAAGCAUGCUUUCUUAAAGAAUGUCUUUUCAUUUUGAGGACAAAUAUUGAUAUCAUCUUGUCAUCAAAUCUUUAACAUUUCACUCUACCAACCUCUUGACUCUAGCUACUAUUAAUACACCUAUUUAUCAGCUCACAGAAAUUCACAUAAAAACCCACACUUUACAGGAGACAAGCUGCAUGACAAAACAGGAACACUGUCUUGCUUUGUUACAGCUUUUGUCCUUUCCCCUGAUUUCUUUCACAUCUUUGUCUUUUCGAUAUUCCUCUUCUUUUGUCACCUUGUCAGGUGGAGGAAAAUCGUAGCAGUUUGUUCUUCUUCCUCCUCUUUCUACGUUUCUUCCCUAUGACUCCUAACUGGUUCCUUAACAUCACCUGUCCUGUCCUCAACAUCCCUAUGCCUAUUUUCUUCUCCUCUGUGUUCAUAGGUGAGACUACACAGGCACACAGAACCCACUUACACACACACACACACUGCAGUGACAACCAAAGACACUGAUCACUUAGCUGUUGCUCUCUUCGUAGGUUUGAUCCCCUAUAAUUUCAUCUGUGUCCGCACGGGCUCCAUCCUCUCAGAGAUCUCCUCCCUGGAUGAUAUCUUCUCCUGGGGGACACUGGCACAGCUACUUGCCAUUGCUCUCAUGGCUCUAGUUCCCGGGGCGCUGAUCAAACACUACAGUAAAGGACACCUUAAAGUGGACGGCAUGGACAGUAAUGGACCCAGUCAAGAUGAUAUCAAGCAGGACCGGAAAAGACGAUGA